AUGGUCCACAUCCCGCCACCACCUGGUCACCUCCAUACACUCCACACGGAUCCUUCUGGCAGCCCCGCCAUCAGUAUCCAUCAAACCAUCAAAAAGGGAAGUGUCAUACAGUUGUACAUGGUCGAUACGGGUCCACAUCCCGCCACCGCCACCUGCUUGCUGCCAUAUGCUGUGCACGGACUCCAAAGUUCGAAACCGUAUCAAUUGCACAUUCUUAAAGUGUCCUGGAGCCAACAUAUUAAAGGUGUUUAUGACGAGCGAGAGAGUUACAAGGAGUCUAGAAUGACAAACGAUCUCAGUGUCUUGAACGAAACUCUAUUACAAACGAAUGUACAUCUCAGUGUCUUGAACGAAACUGAGAUGUACCUGUGCUACUGGUACUGGUCUUAUAGAUGCGAGCCAACAUCAUAUGUUGCUUGUCUUCGUCCAUUUUGGCAUGCGCUCGGACCUAUCUCCCCUUAUUGCUCGGAUCCUUUGGACUCCCUCAACUCUGAUCUCUCGGUCUCGCUGUCCAGCACAUAUGAUGUACUAGUUUACACUCUCGACCUUCGGAGAUUGAUUGUAUCAGUUAGCUGUAUUCUACCUCCAGCGAACUACAAGCACACUCAAUAUACCACUUAUUAA